UCGGCCGCAUAAAAAAAUCUUUAAAUCCAACAACAACAGCAACAAGAAAGUGUGCGAAAAUUAACAAGUAGCUCAAGUAGCGAUACUUAAACGACAAGCCGUUCGCGAUUUGUUCAACGAAAGGUCCGCAGCAGCAGCGUAUAUACCUCAUAUACAUCAUCAUGUUAUUUAUGUGUCACCAAAUGGCCGCGAAGAAGGAGGCCCAAGAGAAACUCAAAGCGGAGCAGCUGCGUAAGGCUCGAGCCGUUGUUGACGUUCCAAUCAUCUGGAUUCUGGGUGGUCCCGGCUGUGGCAAGGGCACUCAAUGCGCCAAGAUUGUGGAGAAAUAUGGUUUCACGCAUUUGAGCAGCGGCGAUUUGCUGCGCGAAGAGGUUGCCUCUGGCUCGGACAAGGGACGUGAAUUGCAGGCAGUGAUGUCCAGCGGUGGCCUGGUGUCCAACCAGGAAGUGUUGUCCCUGCUGAAUGGAGCUGUGUCGCGUGCCAAGGGCAACUCGAAGGGUUUCCUCAUCGAUGGCUAUCCACGCGAGAAGAACCAGGGCAUUGCCUUUGAGGAGCAAAUCGCUCCCGCUGAUCUGGCCCUGUACUUUGAGUGCUCCGAGGACACGAUGGUCCAGCGUAUUCUGGCACGUGCUGCUGCCGCUGCGGUGAAGCGUGCCGAUGAUAAUGAGGCCACAAUUCGUUCCCGCUUGCAGACCUUCAAGCAAAACACCAGCGCAAUUCUUGAGCAAUAUGUCGACAAGACUCUGACGAUCAAUGCGGAACGUGACGUUGACGUCAUCUUCACUGAAGUUGUCGAUGCCAUCGAAUGCGUUCUUAAGAAGCGUCAAAAGGCAGUCGCCUCUUGUUAGUGAAUUGCCAAAGUGCCAAUAGAACAAACAACCAAAUAAUGUCCUCGUCCCCAAUAUUAAUGCAAUCCAAUCCAAAUCAAACACCAAACAAAUUCAAAAAUGUCAUUUUGAACGCACUUUUUGGUAUCUAUCUCAAAACGCACAAAACUCUCACAGAUGAAAGCUUAACACCAAAUAAAUAAGCAUAUUAAUUAAUAUUAUUAAA